AUGGCUUUACAACCCCCUCUGAUCCACUCGACAGCAACCUCUGCCUCUUCUCUGGCAAAGCAUGAAGAACUCGCCAAUAAAGUCGCACAAGAUGCACCACAGCCAGAUAGCGCUCAGCCGGUAGCACAUGAAAACCAAGGCAAGGACAUUGACGAGGUGAAUAGCCCCGAAGGGGCAGCCAAAGACACUAGUAGACAAAAUGGCAGCGCAAAAUAUGACUGGCAACUUUUGUGCGGCCCGAUGCUCAAAUAUUCCCGGCUUAGCAACGACAGUACUCGCUGGCAUGGUAGCGCCCUUAUUGUCCUUCGAGCACCGUCCGAGUCUGCUGCCAGACGUCCCGACCAGCCUAGUAGUUCUAUGGACGGCCCAGACUCGCGAACAAAACCGGUGCAUUUAUUUACCGAGCGCGAUCGAGUCUACUGGCGUAUCGACCUCGAGACAGCACUAGGGGAAGAAGAACGGGAGGUCCGCUACUCCAUCACCCUCGCCGGCCAUCGACAGCAGGACAAGAUCGAGCGAUCCUUCUGGGUACCCAAGAUUGGUCAGACAUUUCGUAUUAUGUUCUUCAGCUGCAAUGGCUUCGUUCCUGGAGCGGAGAAGCAAGUCAGUGGCCUGGCGCUCUGGAAUGAUGUUCUACGACUUCACAAAAAGUCACCUUUGCAUGUGAUGAUUGGUGGCGGUGAUCAAAUUUAUUCUGAUGGUGUAACUGAAGCUCACGCACCACUCGAGCCAUGGGCACAAGAACUUUCGCCUCGGAAGCGAGCCAAGAUACCGUUCCCCCUUGAACUAAGGGACAAGGUUGACGAUUGGUACUUUCAACACCAUUGCGAUUGGUUUAAUGCAAGUCCUUUCCGUGAAGCGAAUGCGCAAAUACCACAACUGAACAUUUGGGACGACCACGAUAUUAUUGAUGGUUUCGGUACGUACAGGGAUGCUUGGCAACGAGCACCGGUAUUUAUGGGUAUCGGGGAAAUCGCAUGGAAAUAUAUGUCUCUAUUCCAACAACAUCUCCCUCCGAGCACCACAACAAAUCAGUUGACCUACGACCCAGAAUCUUUCAACCCCACACCUGCACAUUCAACUAAACCUAGCCAUGGCGUAAGCGAAAAGUCCCCAAUUCCGACUUCGAGACCAGAACACCCAGAUGCCCUGGACCAGAACGGAACAGCCCAAAAUGGCGAUUCGAGUCACGAGAAACCUCAAAGAUCCGAGGGAACUGGGGAAGAGAGUGAACUUGAUCCGUCAUAUGUUCGACACCCCCAACAGGGUCCAUAUAUACAACAUAGAGGGUUGAGUAUAUGCACAUCCCUUGGAGAAGGCGUUUUAUUCUACGGGCUGGACUGUCGAACGGAUCGCACCCGACAUCGAAUUUGUUAUGCCGAUAGCUACCAAGCCAUGUUCGACCGGCUUGAUAAAGAUAUCAUUCCUGGAAAGACCAAGCAUGUUCUACUACUGCUAGGAGUUCCGAUCGCAUACCCCCGGCUUGUCUGGGCUGAGACUCUCAUGACGAGUAAAUUUAUGGCGCCAUUAAGAUUUUUAAACAGGGUGUUUGGCCUCAUGUCUGGAUUGUUCAAUGACUUCGAUGGAAAGGUUGAACUCCUUGAUGAUCUGGAAGACCACUGGGCGGCCGCAGUUCACAAGGCGGAGCGCAACCACCUAGUACAGCGCCUUCAGACACUCAGCUACACUAAACAAGUCCGGAUCACAAUAUUGAGUGGAGAUGUCCACCUCGCAGCCAUUGGGCGUUUCUUCACCAAGGCCAAGUUGGAUGUUGCUCAAGAGAAAGAUCACCGUUAUAUGGUCAACGUCAUCAGCUCGGCCAUCACCAAUGCACCACCUCCGGAUGCGGUGGCAGACGUUCUUAACGCAAGGAAUAAACUCCACCGAUUGGAUCAUCACACCAGCGAGAACCUCAUGGAUAUAUUUGAAGAAGGCGUCGGCGGUUCUAAGCGACGAGUCAACAAAACAUGCUACCCUGCGCGAAAUUACUGCGUCAUUACACGGGCUGAUCCAGCCGCCGGUCCCGACGCAACCACCGCGGAAGAGAUUGGCGAUAAUCCAGCAGCCCAGGAGGCUAAUGAAAAACAGGAGCCCAAGACAUCUCCUCUCGGUAAAGUCUUCCGCAAGGACAAAGACCAUGGAGAAGAACCCAAGUCAGCGGUUGACAAGGGUGAGAUAUCGGGUGGAACAGGGACGAUUGCAAAGGAGGUCAAAGGCGCGCAAGUCGGGCACGAUGCAUCUGCGCUUGCGCCUGCUACUGGUACAAAGGCUGUGGAUGCAUUGAAUAUUAGCCUGAGAUUAGAGGUGGAUUCGAAAAGCCCUGAAGGGAAAACCAAGGCUUAUGGAUUCUCCAUUCCUAAAUUGGAUCGUUAA